AAAAAAAAAAAAAACCUGACGGGGAAAAAGAAGUGCGCAGCUCCGAGCGAACGGCAUUUACCAUCCCAUAGAUAUUGGCAAACUUGGGGGAAAAUGGCCUUUCCGACGUUAUUUAGCUGUAAUCGGAUUGUUCUCAAAGUGUUUAUGAUUCAGUUCAUCGCCUUUCAAGCAACGUAUGCUGCCCCUUCGCCUAUUAUCAGGUUUCCUGGAGACGAUACCAGUCCAACAACAGACAAAGAAGUUGCUCUGCACUAUCUGAAUAAGUUCUAUGGAUGCCCACAAGACAGAUGUAACCUUAUGGUGCUCAAGGACACCCUGAAGAAAAUGCAAAAGUUCUUCAAUCUGCAAGAAACCGGAGAGAUUGAUGCCAAAACUGUGGAUAUCAUGAAAAAGCCCCGCUGUGGCGUCCCAGAUGUGGCCAAUUACAACUUCUUCCACAGGAAACCCUUGUGGCAGAAGAAAGACAUCACUUACAGAAUCCUCGGAUACACUCCCGACCUGGAUGAAGAAGUGAUAAAUGAUGCUUUCUUCAGAGCCUUCAAAGUGUGGAGCGACGUCACCCCACUCACAAUCACCCGCAUCAUGGACGGAGAGGCUGACAUCAUGAUUAACUUUGGCCGCAAUGAGCACGGAGACGGUUACCCCUUCGACGGCAAAGAUGGCCUCUUGGCUCAUGCCUUUGCUCCAGGGCCAGGAAUUGGGGGAGAUUCCCACUUUGAUGAUGAUGAGCAGUGGACGCUGGGAGACGGCCAAGUGGUGAAGGUGAAGUACGGCAAUGCUGAUGGGGAGUUCUGUAAGUUCCCCUUCCUGUUCAUGGGCACUGAGUACAACAGCUGUACACCUCAGGGCCGUGACGACGGCUUCCUGUGGUGCUCCACCAGCUACAACUUCGACGAUGACGGCAAAUAUGGCUUCUGCCCCCAUGAAUUACUAUUUACCAUUGGUGGAAAUGCAGAAGGCGCUCCAUGUAAAUUCCCCUUCACCUUUCAGGGAGAGAAGUAUGACGCAUGCACCACUCAAGGCAGGGAUGAUGGUUACCGCUGGUGUGCCACCACUGAGGACUACGACCAGGACAAAACCUUUGCGUUCUGCCCUGAAACUGCCAUGUCGACAGUGGGAGGGAACUCAGAGGGAAGCCCCUGUGUCUUCCCCUUCACCUUCCUGGGUGACACCUACGAGUCCUGCACCUCAUCUGGACGCAGCGAUGGCAAGAUGUGGUGCGCUAGCACCAAGAGCUAUGAUGAUGACCGCAAAUGGGGUUUCUGUCCAGACCAAGGUUACAGUUUGUUCCUGGUGGCAGCCCAUGAGUUUGGUCAUGCCCUUGGCUUGGAGCACUCUCAGGACCCCGGAGCAUUGAUGGCCCCCAUUUACACUUACACUAAAGACUUCAGACUUCCUGAGGAUGACAUCAAAGGCAUCCAGGAGCUCUACGGUGUGCCAACCGACAAACCUUUGCCUCCAACCCAGGGUCCAGUUACUCCAAUGGACAUCUGUAAAGAGCCAGUUGUGUUUGAUGCUGUAUCCCAGAUCAGAGGAGAGACCUUCUUCUUCAAGGACAGGUUCCUGUUCAGGUCAGUCAAUUUCAGAAGCAAGCCCAGCGGCCCUCUGCUGGUCGCCACCUACUGGCCAGACCUCCCUACCAAGAUAGACGCUGCCUAUGAAAACCCAGUGGAGGAAAAAACCGUCUUCUUCUCAGGCAACGAGAUGUGGGUCUACAAAGCAGAUGAGUUGGAGAAAGGCUAUCCCAAGAGGCUCUCAAGCCUUGAACUCCCCACUGAUCUGCAACAAAUCGACGCUGCCUUCAACUUUAGGAAGAACAAGAAGACUUACUUUUUUGCUGGGGACAAAUUCUGGAGAUACAAUGAAGAUACGAAGAAAAUGGACCCUGGCUUCCCCAAACUUAUUGCAGAUUCCUGGAAUGGCAUCCCAGAUGGCAUCGACUCUUCCUUCAAUCUCAAUGGCAUUGAUUACAGCUACUUCUUCAAAGGCAACCACUAUUUCAAACUGGAAGACAGCAGCUUGAAGAUUGUCAAGUUGGGUGAAAUCACGAAGGACUGGCUCGGUUGUUGAGCAUUUUCCAAAACGUCGCGCAACUGGCUAAUUCCCGUAAUGAUAUCUGACCUCACGAGGACUUUGCCAUAACACCGCACAGGACUUGAGGUCGCCGCAGUGCACACUGUUGUAACUUUUUAUCCUGGCAACUCCUACACAGGCUGAACAUAUAGGCAACUGGAUAUUUGCUAUAUUACGGUGUGAUGUUCACUUUUUUGUUGUUGUUGUGCUGAUGCAGAUAUAUUUCAACGUGUAUUCCCCCCCCCCCCCCCCCCCCCCGGUUUAUUGUUUUUAUGUAUUGUUUUUUGGUUUAUUUUAUUUUUUAACUCAGACAUCAGGUAUGUCAACACUGCAUUGAACGCAGUGCUAUACUGUGCUGUGAGAUAUUGCCGUUUUAUACAAAUUAAAUUCUGAACGGCUGUUUUACACUAUAUGAGGUAUUCAUGUUGGCUUGGAAAUACUUAUAUGUCCAGUGUACAAGUGCAGUUUUAUAAAUAUAUCACUUUUAAUGUUCAUUGUUGUGCAAUAGAUUUGACAACAUUUUAACCGAAAAUGGUGCUUUAGAGAUUGCUUUUUGCUUAUAGUCCUGUUUACAUACAGUAUAUAUAUAUAUAUACAUACACCCACACACAUUUACAUUAUAUAGUCUGUGUAUCUAUGUCUGACUACUUAGUAUACUCUGGAUGUUGGAAAGUAGAUUUUUGGAGGCACACAUUAUUCUUCAUUUGAUUAGCACUUUGUAUAGGACUAUAUUAGGGGACUGCUUAAUAUGGAGACCAAAUUGGUGUUAUGUGAACUUCGUGUUGCAUUCUCUUCACUAAUGGUACAGUGAGAUUAAAGGCACAGGUUGCCUCCAGAGGCUUUAUUGAUUUGCUGCAUGAUGGAAUCAUGUCAAGAGUACCGCAGUAGUAUUGUUUGAUUAUCUUUUUUAUAUAUUCUCUUUUCUCUCUUUGGUUUUAACAAUACAGUCAUUUUGUUUUGUGUUGUUUUUAAUGCUUGUGCACUUUGUGACUGUCAUCAAUAAAGAUGGUUAAUAUAAUGUGGAUCAGUGAUACGCAAACAAAUGACUGUGCGCUUGCAAAAAGAACUGAAGUGGGUGAUUGAUGCAAUUAUGGGCCUUCCCCAUUAAGCUUGUGAAUUCAGAAACAAAUCAUCAAUUAAUUCUGAUAAUUUAUUUGAGCGGAAGUAGCAGUACCACUGUGUAAAACAUGAUUCAAAUAUAUAUAUAUAAGAAGAUAAUAUAAGACUGAUGCUAUACAUCCCUUUAAGUUGUACUGGUGUGGCUCCAAACAAUGCAUGGAAUUUGAAUAUAUCAUUAUGAUAUCAUAUGUUGAGGUUGAAUAUUUAAA